CCCGGGGCUGCCCCGCCGGUUCCGGACACUGGGUUCCCAAGAGCUGCCCAGGCUUAAUGAUUGUCCAGAAGGUGGCUAUAAAGAGAGCCCGGGAGUCCAGGUGGAGGAGGGAGCAGAGAAAGCCCAGCUCAGCAGAUCUGGGCACCGAGGGAGCUGCAGGCAGGAGCCGAGGUCAGAGGCGCCCUGUCCUGGCCUGCAGGGCUCGCUGGGUCCGCCAUGGCCGCCCGGGGCUAUGGCUACUAUCGCACUGUGAUCUUCUCGGCCAUGUACGGGGGCUACAGCCUGUACUACUUCAACCGCAAGACCUUCUCCUUCGUCAUGCCCUCGCUGGUGGAGGAGGUCCCUCUGGACAAGGAUGACCUGGGGCUCAUCACCAGCAGCCAGUCGGCAGCCUACGCCAUCAGCAAGUUUGUGAGUGGAGUGCUGUCUGACCAGAUGAGCGCUCGCUGGCUCUUCUCGUCCGGGCUGCUCCUGGUCGGCCUGGUCAACGUAGCCUUUUCCUGGAGCUCCACAGUGUCUGCCUUCGCUGCCCUCUGGUUCCUCAAUGGCCUGGCGCAGGGCCUGGGCUGGCCCCCGUGUGGGAAGGUCCUCAGGAAGUGGUUUGAGCCAUCUCAGUUUGGCACUUGGUGGGCCAUCCUGUCAACCAGUAUGAACCUGGCCGGAGGGCUGGGCCCCAUCCUGGCAACCGUUCUGGCCCAGAGCUACAGCUGGCGCAGCACGCUGGCCCUGUCGGGGGCGCUGUGUGCGGCCGUCUCCGUCCUCUGUCUCCUGCUCAUCCACAAUGAACCUGCCGAUGUUGGACUCCGCAACCUGGACCCCACCCCCUCCAAGGGCAAAAAGGGCUCCGUGAAGGAGGAGAGUACCUUACAGGAGCUGCUGCUGUCCCCCUACCUGUGGGUGCUCUCCACUGGCUACCUGGUGGUGUUUGGAGUCAAGACUUGCUGUACUGACUGGGGCCAGUUCUUCCUUAUCCAGGAGAAAGGACAGUCAGCCCUUGUGGGUAGCUCCUACAUGAGUGCCCUGGAGGUCGGGGGCCUUGUAGGCAGCAUUGCCGCUGGCUACCUGUCGGACCGGGCCAUGGCGAAGGCAGGGCCGUCCACCCAUGGGAACCCUCGCCAUGGCCUGCUGCUGUUGAUGAUGGCAGGCAUGACAGCGUCCAUGUACCUCUUCCGGGUAACCGUGACCAGGGACGCCCCCAAGGAUGUUGCUUUCUGGACUCUGGCUCUUCACCCUCUCACUGAGCUCACAGGCUUUAAGGAGCACGAGCUCUGGAUCCUGGUGUUGGGAGCUCUGUUUGGUUUCUCCUCUUAUGGUCCCAUUGCCUUGUUUGGAGUCAUUGCCAAUGAGAGUGCCCCUCCCAACUUGUGUGGCACCUCCCAUGCCAUCGUGGGACUCAUGGCCAACGUGGGUGGCUUUCUGGCGGGGCUGCCCUUCAGCACCAUCGCCAAGCACUACAGCUGGAGCACAGCCUUCUGGGUGGCCGAAGUGAUCUGCGCAGCCAGCACAGCUGCCUUCUUCGUCCUGCGGAACAUCCGCACCAAGAUGGGCCGAGUGCCCACGAAGGCCGAGUGAGGCAGGUUCCAGAGCCCCGCUCCCACCUGGCCCCGCCCCACCGGCUGGGAGGGGAGGGGCCUGCUCUGGCCGCACUGAGCCUGACUUCCUUCUGCUCCUUUUCCCUGGCCGGCAUCAGUGGCUAAUGAGGUUCCGGCUCCCCAUCCUAUGCUCUAUUUAAAGGAUAACCUUUGUUCUAGGAUUCCAUUAGCUUCUAUUUUCUGCCUUCAAAAAGGAAGCCCUUACAGCCAGGGAGUCUCCUACACUCUUCUUCUCUCCUGGGCCCUGCCUGUCCCCCAUCCUGUCCCGUCCCGUCUGUCCCCACCAGGGGUGAGGCUCCCCGCAGGCCACCAUGCCCUGCCUUCUGCCCUAAGGCCUCUCAGCAGAGGUAACUGCUACUGCCAGUUCCUCAGGGUCCAGGGGAAGAUACCAUCACUCUCACCAUUCUCCUGGGUACACCCCCAUCGGGUAAGGGCGGGAGGGUAGGAAGACAUUAUAGGUUUGGCCAAUGACCCAGGUCCAAAAGAUUAAAGCUAGAUUUCAUACUAAACACUGACAGCGAGUCAGUCCUUCUUUCAAGAGGUAUAAGCCAGGCAGCUUUCUCUGGAAAAUACCCUUCUGGGGCCUGCUUUCCACCCUAAAAAUGAGACCCAGUUCCCUGGAAUGGGAAAGCGGACAUGGACUCCUGUGAAUGUACGUCUCCUCCGCCUUCAGUUUAACACUGUAUAUCUAGCAACGAUCACUUCAGAGGUGGAGUUACGGGGUUUCGCGCAGAUUAAGAAGUGAGUGGAGGGAGGCAGAAGCCUGGGUUCAGCCUCAGGCGGUCAGUAACUGGCUGAGACUGCAGCACCGAGCACCUGCUAAACCUCUGGUCUGCAACAGAGCCUCGCCCUGAGGU